CUGCACUUUGCAGUAAAGUCGAUGAGCUUGAUGCAUCUGAUGCAUGGCUCUUUCUACCCAUACUACCCCGUCAGGAUUUCUGCUACCGUCGAUCCACUCAGCACCCCCCUUCUUUACUGAGCAACCAAACCAAAGCACUCACGCACAUCUCACAGAGAAAUGGAUGCGCCUCAUACUGGCAUACGCGAGACACAAACGUCUCUUCGUGCUGCGGGUUGAGGAUGCAGAGGUCCCGGGCGGCGAAUGGGAUGAGAUCCUUCGUAAUGAGAGGAUAAACCGACGAAUCCUACCGCCGUAUCUCUCGUCGUUGAUGGCUAUCAUGGUCGCAAAGAACCUCGCCGUCUACGAGCCGUCUAAGCAGACCCGUGCAGUGCUGCUUUACUGGCGUCUUCCGGAAGAAUGGGCGGAUGUUCUCCAUUCGUGGGCAACGGCGACUGGCCAGCUCAAUACCAUCCUCACUUUUUAUGAGAUCUCAGACCCUCCCAUCCAAUCACCUCUUUCUGGUAUUCCUAUACCACUCCUGCGGCGGGCUAUUACCAUUCUCUCACGCUCCAAUCGAGCACAAAUCAUCGGGGUUGCUGAUGGCGAAGGUGUGAGGUUCUUUGUAGGAUGAUUUUUAGAACAGAGACUU